UUGAGUUUGGAGCAUUCUGGGCGAGCAAUGGCCGGCAAACAGAUCGGCGGCGAGGGUUUAUCGGCGAACAUCGCCGGAAUGUCGAAGAGUCAGCUCUACGAUAUCAUGUCUCAGAUGAAGAAUCUGAUCGAACAGAACCAGCAGCAAGCCAGGCAGAUCCUUAUCCAGAACCCGAUGUUAACCAAAGCUCUUUUUCAGGCACAAAUUAUGCUUGGAAUGGUGCAAUCACCUCAAGCGGUUCCUAAAGUUCAGCCAGUGGUGUCGCAGAACACUCAGCAGUCAGUGCAGCCAACACCACAACCAAACGUUCAGCCUGCUCCAUUAUUGCCUGGACAAGCUGGUGCGCAGGAUCAAGCUGGUGUAUCUCAAACCCAAAUUCCUCUGAGGAAGCACCAACCUUCAGUGCCAGUUUCAUCUGCUGCCGUUCCUGCAAUGAGUCAUCAAUCUCAGCCCAUGGCUGCACAUUCCUUGCAGAUGCCACAACAGCCUAAAGGACAUUUGACUCCACAAAUGGCUCCAGUGUCUCUUCCGCAGUCAUCACAACUUCCAAACGUACCUCCACCUUCUCUCCAUUCAUCUUCACAGUCACUUCAUCCAACUCAAAUGCCAACUGCUUCCAGUCAGUUGCAGCAACCAUUGCAGGCACCUGGAUUUCCACAUAUGCCUCUGCAACCACCACUACCACCACAGCUCAGACCACCUUCAGUGCCAAACUUCCAUCCCCAGUAUCCCCCACAAAUGGGUGCCAAUUUAGGUUUUCAACAUGCUGGUGCUUCUCACAAUCUUCCACAAUCCAUGUUUCAUUCAGGUACAAAACCUCCAAGUGUUGGAUCCCCAUUCCCACAGGGACAGACACCACUUCCAAGUCAACAAUCAUCUCAGUCUACUUAUCAGGUUGGGAAUAUGGCUAUCGGGCCUGAUUUUGGCAAUCAAGCCGGAAAUGCAAUGCAAGUUGAUAGAGGGUCUUCUUGGAUGUCUGGUCCCUCAGAGAACCUAACCCAGCUUUCUGGUCCUCCAGGACCAUCAUCUGUAGGCGCUGCCAAUCAACCUCUUCGGCCUCCUGCGUUGACACCAGAGAUGGAGAAGGCAUUGCUUCAGCAGGUCAUGAGUCUCACACCGGAGCAGAUAAAUCUCCUGCCUCCAGAGCAAAGAAAUCAAGUGCUGCAGCUGCAACAGAUGUUGCGUCAAUGAUGCUAUACGUAUAAACACGCUAUGAAAGUCAGGCAAUCUUAAUCCUUCCAAUUCGGCAGAGAUUAGUUCAACCAGGUUGACUGCGAUGAAGUUUUGUUGUAGAAGCUGAUGCAAAAUUCAUGUGUAACAAAUUAUAGACCACAAUAUCAUUUAUUCUGGAAUUUGGCACCAUUUAAAUCACAGGCCUUUCAACUUGCCUGCUUUACAUACCCCCUAUCGAAAAGAAUUAAUGAACCUGGUGGUUACUUGGAAUCGAGGGCUGGGUGGAUGCUGUUUGCAAAACGCUGUACCCUCUUUC